AUGAUUAGUGACGCAGAUAAUUUCGCGGAGUUAGCUGUGCAGGAAGAGCAGGUCCGGAGAGACCAAGGAUCACCAAGUCCCGGAGCGAGGAACCGUCGGACACUUGAUCGUAAAACGGAAAAUAUCUACGGCAUGGACCUGGAUUUUCUAGACGAUGUGAGUGACGACGAUCUCAGGAUGAAGCUAGCACAACACGCGCUGGAUGAGCGCCGGUUGAAGCGCGUUACCAACAGCAGCAACGGACCGAUAUUCAGCAGGGCAAAAGAUACCGAUCUGAGGACCGCUUUAUCAAUGGAAAAUCUCCAGCGUCAUCAUGAAGCGGAAGCGCAAGGUAGAGAGCAGGAGGUUCAGGAGCCCGAUAACCACGUGGAGCCCGCAUUGAAUGUUCCAAAGACUUGGGGGACUCGCGGAAGGCGGUCGAGGGAAUGGCUAGACGGAGUAGUCCCUACUACAAAUGACGAUAAUAACAAUCAGGCCGAGGACCCGAUACGACUGCCAGUUAACGAGUGGGACAAUGACUUCGAUUUUACCGCUAGAUCACUACAGGUCUCUGAUAGUCCUCCGGUAAAGGUUUCUUCAGGAAAGGAGGAUGCUGGCUCGAUGACGCAGUUUCCAAAAACUGCGGCUCAGGAGGAUUACGUUGAAAAUAUUGCUCAGCGUGAUGCGGCCAGGCCUGAUCUCAGGCCAGAUACCGCUUCAUCUGCCUUCUCUUACAGGCCGAGCGAGAAGGCGAGGCCUACGAGUCGGGGGAACUCUACGCAACUGCUUCGGAAAUUAACGAGAAGGAGCUCUAGCCCUGUCAACACACCAGAGCAACAGAGAACGGCGAUGAAGACCCCCCUCACAGCCAAAACACCAGUUGUCACAGGAGCUUGGAUUGACACACCUCUUACGGAGCGGACAAAGGCUCCUCAUAUAGAAACCAUCAAAAAGGAACAACAGUCGCCAGCGGCCAAACUCAAACCAACAGAAUCCAUAUCGAAAGCUGGCAAGGCCAGCGAGCCUGUUACCCGUGAUUUGUCGAAGCGGCAAAGUCCGCCUCAACGAAAACCUUCCACUCGAUUGGUACAAUUGAAAGAACCGAAACUUCCCAAGAGUGCCUUGGAAUCAGUUCUAGAAAAAGGGAAAUCCGGAGACUACAGUCUUAUCCUUGGUGAAAAUACCCUUGAUUCCCUUAAAGAUCUCCUCGAAGACAAAUCGACAAGUGCAGAAACUGAGGAAGGACAGACCAAGUCGGAGCCAGGGCUAAGCAGCCUUCACGUCGAUACAGACGAGGAGACUAUUGACCGAGUUAAUUCAAAGCUAAAAUCACUUCUUCAUAACAUCAAUGAGGCCAGGGCUGGCUUGUCGAGUCUCGAGCACCAGGCAGAAGAGACGAUAUCUCGACCCCACGCUGAAGGGUCAAAGAACAAAAGACCGAAGAUACAAAAGCAUCAACACUCUUCAUCCUCUUGUGAAGCAUGCGGCCUCUACGGAGAUGGCCGUCUAUACUUGGCGCUCCCUAGCCGCCGUUUUUGGAAACGAGUAGGCUGGGCCCUCUUGAUAUUUUUUACCUGGUGGAUUGCCGAAUUCCUCAUGUGCGACUACUACUGUCACCCCCUAUACGCCGUGAAGUGCGAGCGCAAUUGUCUGAAUCCUAAUGCGCCACGUUACCCAUUUGUUAUACCUACUAUGCUAUGGCGUUGGUCUCAUCUUUCUACCGUCUUGUCACCCAUAUGGACUAUUUUUGUUGCAUUGUUUCGUUUUAUGGCACAGCUGUUUGGCUUUUGGGAUGGCUUUGUUGAUGGCCCUUCUUCGAUAUACGAUCAGCAUCCGUACUACCAGCCACCAGUGUCCACCGUCUAUCAGCAAAGUGCUGGUCUAUACUCCCAAAGUGAUAGCAUGCAGGGUGAUGAAUAUUUAUAA